AUGACGCGGGGUAACCAGCGCGACUCCGAUCGGGCCAAGGCCCAAAAGAAGGCCAACGCCACGAAAGGAAAGAACACCAUGAGCGGAACUGAGUACCAAAAGACCAAGGAGGAUGCCGCGACCAUCAUGCGCGAGAAGCAGAAGAAGGCCGACGAGAAAAGAGCAGCUGAAGCAGCUGGUGGGAACAAGAAAUAA